CUCUUCCUGUGCAGGUGCAACGCUGGGCUCUGAACUAGCCGCUGCGGGGAAGUUAACGGGAAAAAUCACGCAUUUCAUGGUAAACCAUCCACUCAUCUUUCGUAGCGGGACCGUUUUCAUCAUAACCGCGGAAACAGACGGAACGGAGGUUAUUUAUCCAACCCGAGAUGGCGUCUGCAAAUGCGACAUACGGACAGAAGGAGUCGUCGGACCAGAACUUUGAUUACAUGUUUAAAAUCCUCAUCAUUGGGAACAGCAGUGUGGGAAAAACCUCCUUCCUCUUCCGCUAUGCAGACGACUCAUUCACGCCGGCCUUCGUCAGCACGGUGGGCAUCGACUUCAAGGUGAAGACCAUCUAUAGGAACGACAAGAGGAUAAAACUACAGAUUUGGGACACUGCUGGACAGGAGCGCUACAGAACCAUCACCACAGCCUACUACAGGGGAGCCAUGGGCUUUAUCCUUAUGUAUGACAUCACCAACGAGGAGUCCUUCAACUCUGUGCAAGACUGGUCGACCCAGAUCAAGACCUACUCAUGGGACAAUGCUCAAGUUCUCCUGGUGGGAAACAAAUGUGAUAUGGAGGAUGAGCGGCUGGUGGCGUCUGAGAGGGGCCGGCAGCUGGCCGAGCAGCUCGGAUUCGAGUUCUUUGAAGCCAGUGCGAAAGACAACAUCAACGUGAAGCAGACGUUCGAGCGGCUGGUGGACAUCAUCUGUGAGAGGAUGACAGAGACUCUGGAUAACAACGACCCGGCCGUCACCGGAGCCAAGCAGGGGCCACAGCUGAAUGAGCAGCCGCAGAGGUCCAACCAAGACUGCGCUUGCUGAACACACACACACAAGAAAAACACACACAGACAUAAACACACACACAUACUCACUGCUUGUCCAGAUUUUUCAACUUUUUGUAGCUUGGAUCUUUGCUCUCUAUGUUCUUUUUAACAUAUAGAUGCAAAUAUGUCCCUGCACAAACCCACUGCCAUCAUCAGAGCCACACCAGUAGGCUGCUUAGAUUCUCCUCAUUCAGAGCUUUGUCAGCGUGACGCAGCUUUCCACCAAAAAUGUUUGUUCCAAUCUCAGUCAGAGGGACCAUGAAGGCUUUUCUUCCACUCAGCUUUUCAGCACACAGAGCUGCAUCCACCAGAUUUGCAGCAAUUCUAGUUUUUGUCCCAGCUUUACUUUAUUUUACUGUGGUUCAUUUUCUUAAGGAUCUAAAAUCCUCCUUUCCGUGUUUCGUGGUUACAGAUGUUUGGUUUGAUGUCCCUGCAGGCUUAUUCUAUAGAAAUGUUCUAUAUUCUAUAGAAAUGUUCUAUAUUCUAUAGAAAUGUUCCUUUCUACUUAAUCUAGGAGCCUUUGAAAUAUAAAAAGUCAAUUUACAGAUGUGAAAAGUGUUCACGCUACUGUUCCAGGUGUUUAAAACUAGGGAUGCAAACAAACAAUUGAUUUAUGAUUAAUGUCCAUUGAUGGUUUAUUAAACCACCAUUUUUUUUUUCCCCCAUCUGAUUUACUGAUAACGAGACGAUCUGGGCUGUUAAUCAUAAGGAUCAUUAAACAGCGUUGCGAGGCAAGGGCUCAAACAUGUACGGCUGGAAGCCUUCUACACCAAACCAAGCUUCUGCCGCCCUGGCGUCCUCUUCCACAACAUCUUCAUCCCCGCUUUCCUCCUCCAAAUAAAAAA